CUAUGCAAGAAUAUGAGAGGUCAUUCCAUUUUUUGUGUGUAGUUUAAUGUUAUUCAAAAUGCUCAUAACAUGUUUCUCAUAUAGAUUUUUUUUUUUUGAGACAGAGUCUCGCUAGGUACAGGCUGCCCUCGACUUCACAAUGUAGCCCAGGUUGGCCUCAAACUCAUGGCGAUCCUCCUGCCUCAGCCUAAAUGCUGGGAUUACAGGAGUGUGCCACCAUGCCUGGCCUUCAUAUUUCUUGCAAAUUUGCUCCUCUCUUUCUUUGUAAAUGAUGGGUAUUGAUUUUAGUGUGCCAGUUUCAUAUCCUAUUACUUCAGUGAUUCAUUGAUUCCUUGGGAUUUUUCAUAUACAGUAUCACAUCUGCACAUUGAGGUAGUUUUACUUCCUCAUUAUCCAUUUUAAGUCUCUAGUUGGUUUCUUUAAUCUGAUUGCAUUUUUUUAAUGCUUCUAGUUCAAUGUUGAGUAUUAGGGAAAAUAACAGAUAGUCUUGCUUUGUCCUUGAUCAUAAUGGAAAUACAUCCAGUGCUUCUUCACUAAAUAAGAUACUAGCUUAAGGUCUAAGGUGUAUAAAUUAUACCAUUUUGUGGAGGUAUUCCUCAAUCCUGUUUUCUGAAGUGGUUUUGUUGUCAGCAGUGUAGAAUUUUGUUGCAGCCUUUCUCAGCAUCUCCAAGAUAAAUUUUUUCUUUACAUAUACUAUAGUCCUGCGCUGUAUGAUGUUUUCAUCAAUGACAGACCACAUAUACAACCGUGGUCUUAAAAGAUUCCAGUGGAGCUGAAAAUUUUCUCUGUGAUUUAACUGUAUGUUGUAAAAGUGCUAUAUUUAGAAGAGGGGCAUGAAUUAUUGGAGCUCAGAGUCAGGAAAUGGUACACAGAGAAGGUAACAUGGAAAUAAAUCUGAAGGCUGUGGAGGAGCUUCUCACGUAGGAAAGGGAUGCAAGACAUUCAAGAAUAAAAAUAAUUUAAAAAUCAGAUAGUUGGUGAGGCAAUCUUAGGCUUUGGAUACCAGGCUACAUUUCUCAAUUCAUACUUCUCUAAUUUCUCUUUUCAUCCCACUGAUCGUUCGUGUUAUGCUCAUGCUCCUUAAAUAACCUUGCUUUAUUCUUUUGUUUACUCCAGUAGUAGAGCCAUUGCUCAUUAUCAUUUAAUUAAAUGUUAUUUUCCUAUUUUUCCCAUGCUACCAUAUUUUAGACACAUAGAAAAAUCCUUAUUUAUCAUUAAUAUACCUUCUACAAACUUAUUUCAGCUAAUCACAGCAAUCAUUGGCAUUUUCUUUUUCCUCUCUAGCAUGUAAAAGCAGUCUUCAAACCACAAAGACAACUCAAACUAAAGACUCAUCUCUUCAGGGGCUAAUAAGGAAGAGACUAAAAAAAGAUGAACCCUGGGACCUCAUACCAGAAAGACCCUGCAUAUCUGAGGACAAAUUUAAAAAACAGUGGGACAAAAAUGAAAGUUUGCAAAUAAUUUCAGUAACCCAUAUGAAAAUUCUUGCUUUAGGUGAAUGCCAUAACAAUUUUGAAUUUGGCCAAAACAUCAGCCUGAAAUCAGUUGUCGUUAAGACACAAAGGAUUGCUAGAGAAAAAAUACCCUUAAAAUAUGAAGUACAAAGAAAUAGCUUCAAGAAGAAUUCAAAUUCAUUUAACCGACCAAAAAUCAAGACAGCAGAUAAACGCUAUAAAUGUAAUACAUGUGAAAAAGCUUUCAUUCACAAUUCUUCCCUUCGUAAACAUGAGAAAAACCAUAGUGGAGAAAAAUUAUUUAAGUGUAGAGAAUGUUCAAAAGCCUUUAGCCAAAGUUCAGCUCUUAUUCAACAUCAAAGAACUCAUACUGGAGAGAAGCCCUACAUAUGUAAAGAAUGUGGGAAAGCCUUUAGCCAUAGUGCAUCCCUUUGUAAGCACCUUAGAACCCACACUGUGGAGAAAUCCUAUAGAUGUAAAGAAUGUGGUAAAUCCUUUGGCAGAAGAUCUGGCCUUUUUAUACAUCAAAAAAUCCAUGCUCGAGAAAAUCCUCAUAAAUAUAAUCCAGGCAGGAAGCCAUCCAGUUGUACCACUUCCCUUCCAGGAGGUCAGAGGCUUCAUCUCAGAAAGAAGUCCUACUUAUGUAAUGAAUGUGGUAACAGCUUUAAGUCCAGCUCAUCCCUUCGUUAUCAUCAGAGAAUUCACACUGGGGAGAAGCCUUUCAAAUGUAGUGAAUGUGGGAGAGCCUUCAGUCAGAGUGCAUCACUCAUUCAACAUGAACGAAUUCACACUGGAGAAAAGCCCUACAGAUGUAAUCAAUGUGGAAAAGGCUUCACUUCUAUCUCACGACUCAAUAGACAUCGAAUAAUUCAUACUGGAGAAAAACUGUAUAAUUGUAAUGAAUGUGGCAAAGCCUUAAGUUCCCAUUCAACUCUUAUUAUUCAUGAGAGAAUUCAUACUGGAGAGAAACCAUGUAAAUGUAAGGUAUGUGGGAAAGCCUUCAGACAAAGUUCAGCUCUCAUUCAACAUCAAAGAAUGCAUACUGGUGAAAGACCCUAUAAAUGUAGCGAGUGUGGGAAAACAUUCAGAUGUAACUCAUCCCUUAGUAAUCAUCAAAGAAUUCAUACUGGAGAGAAACCUUAUCGAUGUCUAGAAUGUGGGAUGUCAUUUGGCCAGAGUGCUGCUCUUACUCAACAUCAGAGGAUUCAUACAGGAGAGAAACCCUUUAAAUGUAAUACAUGUGGAAAAACUUUUAGACAAAGCUCCUCACUUAUUGCACAUCAAAGAAUUCAUACUGGAGAGAAGCCCUAUGAAUGUAAUGCAUGUGGAAAACUUUUCAGCCAGAGGUCAUCCCUUACUAAUCAUUAUAAAAUUCAUAUUGAAGAGGACUCCCUGAAAGCAGAUUUGCGUCUGUGAAAGCCUUAAACCAAAGCUUAUCAGAAAUACAUACUUGAAAUUGAUUUAUUUAAAGUAAUGAGUAUGAGGAAACUUUUUAAUUUAGUCCUCAUCAGAUACUGAUUUCCACGGAAAAACCUUGUCUAUGUAAUGAUUAUGGUGAAAACUUUUUAUACCUGUUAGUCACUUUUUAAAACAUCCUAUGACAGACACCUCAUAGUUGCAGAUAUUGACAUGGGCCAUUUGUAAGAUGAAAAUGGGUUUUUUCUGUCUUUAUCAGCAUUAUGCAAUAUCUGCAUUAUGUAAAGAGGAGAAAAAUUGGGGUUCAGGGUUGCUAAUUUUUUUCAGAAACCUGUAUGAACUGCUAGCAUAGUUAUUAAAGCUAAUGUAAUAACAAAAGAACUGAUCUUAAAAGUAAAUGCAUUUUUAGAGCAUAGGACCAAAUAAAAGGAAAACAAACUGCAAACUACCUCAAUGUCUGGAAUUUACGCUUUCUAACCUAUUCUCAACCUUUUUACAUGGUUUUCAUUUAAAAAGAGACAGAAAAAUCUGUUACCUUCCCUUUUGUUCUGUCAAAAGAUACCCAAAUGUCUCAAACACUUUAAACAAUUCUUAAUUUUGUUCUAAAAAUUUUAUUAGAGUCACUUAUUAGAAAACCAUACUUGUGCUCUAAAUAGUAAUGUUAGAUAAUUUAAACAAACUUUUAGAUUGUUUAGCCAAUCACUUCAAUAUUAAAGCUAUAGUUUUUAGUUUGUUGCAAAAUAAAUCCUGAUAGUUUUUAAAAGAGAGCACAUGUGACAAAGUCUUGAAAAAGGAAUGAAUUAGUGAAUAAAGUUCUUUUAUUCACUUGGGGUUUUAUAGUUUUGGGAAAUUACAGACUGCAAAAGAAAAAAAAUAAUUAAUACCUUUGGAUCUAGUUUACUCAGUAAAUGUGAGUUUAGGCCUUCAUUUGGGCCAGAUUCUACCCUCGGCAAUAGAAAUUGUAUGGAAGAAAGAAACUGGCCAUCUUCAACUAUUAAAUGAAAUAGGUGUGCAAGUAGGAGUUAAAAGGAAUAAUGGGUAGUAAAAGUUAUGGUAAUGUGAUUUUCAUGGAGAAAAUGGGUCUAAUUAGUGAUGAUACUAUGUAGUUGAACAAAGAUAGGGAUUUACACAAGAUGUAGAGAGAAGGAAUUAGAAGACUAGUCAAGGGAUUCCGGAAGGACGAUGUAGUGUCCCAGAGGCAGUGAUACCUGGGACAUUUUAGAAGAAUAACUGAAAUUCUUCAAAAGUGAAAGGAGUGUUCUAAAUAGGUGAAACCAUGUAUCCAAAGAUGUGAGUGGAUGGAUGACAGCAUGGCUCAUUUGUAGGAAAUCUGUUACAAAAAGUAAUGAGCAUGGUUUGUCAAGCAGCAGGAGGCAGAGGGUAGGUAACAAAAGGUCUUUCUGUACUAAGUUUGAAUUUCAUUCUGAAAUUUAUGGUGCCAAUUAGAGGUUUUUAAUAAGAAACUUCUGGCAACAAUAUAAAAGAUGUUUUUGUGAUGUCAAAGACCACUUAAAUCCACAAGCCCAGCCUGCUGACUUUUUUUUUUAUGGUAGAAAAGAUCUCAUCUGUAAGAUGUUAAUAAUGGUAGCACUGGAUAUUUGGGUGCUUUAAAAUAAUAAGAUAAUGAGUUUAAAUCUGCUUUAGAGAAUUUUUUAAAGGAAAGGAUGGCUUUAUUUCUAACAGUUGUUUCAUUUAAAAUGUUCUACCUAUAUCACUUGUAUAUUUGAAAUGUGGUCUGAAGGGCUUAAGGAAAGAAUUUGCUGAUGAAUUAAAGUUUUAAAGCUACUCAGUGAGAAAAAUAAUGCUUUAAAGAGUGGUAUGUCUCAACUAAAACUGAAAUAUAGCAGUUGACUAGGUAUGUGAAGAUCUAUGGAAAGGGGGACAAGCUUAGGCAGUGUCAUAAAGGCACUGAGAGGACAUGAUGUGCUCAUUGUAGUAUUGGAAAUAUUUUUAAACUAUUUUCCAUCUGGGCUGGGGAUUUAGCUCAGUGGUUUCGCCGCCUGCUGUGCAAGCACAAGAACCUGAGUUCAAUCCCCGGUACCAAAAAACAAAAACAAAAACAAAACAAAACAAAACUCCUAAACUACUUUCCAUCUUAGUAUAUAGAUACACAGUUUAUUUUUGUAUAUUGGCCUGGUAUAUAGCAACCUUGUUAAAUUCAGUUGUUUCUAAUAGUUUAUUGAUGAUUUUGAAUUUUCUGCAUAUGUAAUCAUGUUAUUUAUAAAAAAAAUUACUAUUUUAGUUUUCCUUUUCCAAUGAUGAUUCCUUUGUUUCUUACAUUGCAGUCCUAGAUAAACAUGGGCCAGUAUAAUGUUGAAUAGAAAUGAUAAUAUUCAAUAUUAAUCCAUUUAGUAUGAUACUAGCUUUGUUGGUGGAUACUUGUCAAGAUAAGGACAUUCUCUUGUAUUCCUUGUGUGUUAUGAAUUUUUGUAAUAAAUAUUUUUGUCAUAUCCAUUUUCUGUAUUGAUUGAAAUUAUCAUAUUGUUUUUUGCAUUAUAGAGCAUUGUAUUGUUUUAAUUUUGAGGUUGCAUACCUGAAAUCAAUCCUACUAGGUCAAAACGUAUCAUCAUGCAGGUGUUUGUAUGUAUAAGAUCAGGUUUCUUAAUAAAUAGAAACCUGAUUGAAGUGACCAGGGUUGUCUUGCAAGAAUUAGAUUAAAAGGAAUUUUUUUCAUCCAGAUAUGAAGGAUGGAUAGAAUAGUAAUGUCUGGAAAGGAAGGAGAAGACAAGGCCAGGAGUGGUGCAGGAGCAAAAGGCUCAGAGGAAGACGGAGUGCAACAUCUAUAGGAAUUUGUAGGAAGACUGACCUUCCUGACAUAGAAGAGGAAAGAAAAUUAAUAUUUGAAAUAAAAGCUAGGGUUUGGCUGUCAGAGGCCUUGAAUGAUCUUUGUAUUCCUAAGACUGUAGAAGUUUGAUCCUGAAGGUACUAAUAGAUAUUUCUGAAGAGUGAGUGGCCAAUUUGAAGACUGUUUUAGGAGGAAACUGAUGGAGCAAACAGUUCAAAUGUGAUUUGUGAACUGGCUUGAGAAAUUGGUAGAAGGAUUGAUUCUUGGGUAUAGGAGUUUGAGAGUCUGUAAAAAAAUAUUCCUAGUGAGAAGGGAAAAGAGGCUAGUUCUUUUCCUAGUGCCCUGUAGUUGUCCUGGUAUUUUGCUGAACACCACAGAUGGAAGAAUUCUUAAUUACAUCUGACAUGUUUAUACUUUUCAGAAUCAAAGUAAUUAGUCUUUCAAAAACAGAAGAUAUAUUAGCAUCAUUGGCCAGUCUGUCUCAGGUUAUAAAAAUCAGUUGUUUCAGUAGUACCAUAUAAAAGUACAACUUUCAAUGAGAACGUUCAACGUAGUCAAGAGAUCUGUUUUCCAGUCCCCAUUUCGUUUUGAGUUACAUUGUCCCUGACUUUUUCAACUCUAGAAAUUCUACCAUAUCAUUUAAUAUCCUUUUUUAUGGUUCUUAAUUGUAAAGAUCAACUCAAAAUUUUAAAUGUUCAUCAUAAUGCAUUUGUGUAUAGAUAUGUCAAGAUGAGUUGAGAACAAAAACUCCAAAGAAAUACUGUUUACAUCAUGUUUUUAGUAACAAUAUUGCUAUAUACUAGUGUUAUUGCUUGUGUUUAGAUGCUCCCCCCUCAAAGCCUCAUGAUUUUUUUUCUAGGUGGCUGAAUGUAAGAGUGUGUGAUUGAUUCACAGUGGGGCUAGGCCCAAGGGCACUAGGAGUAAGAGUGUGAGUGCUACCCACCCUAAGUAGUCUGAAUAAGAUAAAAGGGGCAGAAAAAUGUUAAGGUCCUUUGCUACCUUUGCUACUUUGUGCACACCACGUUUCGCCUCUGUGAUGCCUGUUUGCCAUCCCUGUUUUAGAGCUAGCUGAUUAUCGACUGAAACCUCUACAAACUGAGCUAAAUAAACCCUUUCCCCUUUAACUCUGGGUGCCAGGUAUUUUGUCUCAGCAACAAGACAAACAUAACUAACAACCAGUAUUGUUGGAUAAAAUAAAUAAUUAUGCAUUAA